GCGUGCGCACAACUCUACACAGCGCACCGGAAGGACGUCUUCUAGUCUGCGCCUGCAGACGGAAGUGCUUGGAUCCCAGAGGGCGUGGUAGCGGCCGCUCGGGCUGUAGCCAUGGCUACCGAGCCGGUGACUGCAGAACCUGAGAUACCGUCGCUGGUGGAUCGUUACUUCACUCGCUGGUACAAAGCCGAUGUCAAAGGAAAACCCUGUGAAGACCACUGUAUCCUACAGCACUCUAACCGAAUAUGUGUCAUCACAUUGGCUGCUUCUCAUCCAGUUCUUCAAAGUGGAAAAACAAUACAAAGUAUUUCCUAUCAGAUCAGUACCAACUGUAGCAGACUGGAGAACAAGGUUUCUGGGAAAUUUAAGCGGGGGGCACAGUUUUUAACAGAACUUGCACCUCUGUGUAAAAUUUACUGCUCAGAUGGAGAAGAAUAUACUAUAUUUAGCUGUAUUAGAGGACGUUUGAUGGAAGUAAAUGAAAAUAUUCUCCAUAAGCCAUCUAUUCUUCAAGAAAAGCCAUCCACUGAAGGCUACAUUGCAGUUGUAUUACCCAAAUUUGAAGAAAGUAAAAGCAUAACAGAAGGGUUAUUGACACAAAAACAGUAUGAUGAAAUUGUGGGAAAACGAAUUAAUGCCACAACAGCUACAUCCUGAGGAAUGAAAUGGAGUAGAAGCGAUGCAAAAUUCAUAACCUUACCUGGCCUACCUCAUCAGUGCAUUGAAGGAGAAGAAGCAGUAUCUGUGAGGCAUGCUCCUGCCUUCAGCAGGGAAGGGCUAAUCCUUCAGUUAACUUUGUCUUCCUCCUUUGACUACCCAAAACAAGCCUUGGAUCCCUUUGGUCUUCAAGCUCCCAAAUCUGCCAUCCCUAGCUAUUCUGUCUGUUCUUGCUUCUAACAACUGGUAAACAAGGAUUUUUUUUUAAUUAAAACCAAACUAAACUCUUUGAGGGAAACUUCAAAACAGUAAAGUUUUAGGUAGCCAAGAAAAAAUAAUUUACUCAUAGUUAAAAUUUGGAAGUAAAUACUGCAUUUUGACAUACUCCUAUUUGAGUACUGUGACACACUGUUUUUGUUGGUCGUGGUGGUGGUGGGUGUGUGUCCAUCUA